AUGUCGCGCGGCGUCAAGGUGCAGGGCGACGUGGCUAUCGAGGCCUGCGCCGGCAAGAGCUUCGACCUCGUCGUGAUCCCCGGCGGCAUGCCCGGCGCCGAGCACCUCCGCGACUCCAAGGAGGUUGUGACGCUGCUACAGAAGCAAAAGGAGGACGACAAGUUGUACGGUGCCAUCUGUGCCGCUCCGGCGGUCGUGCUGCACACGCACGGUCUGCUACCUUCUGGAGCCGCAACGAGCUACCCAAGCUUCGAGCCCAAGAUGACGGGCGUGGACUACAAGCACGAGAACAUCGUGGUGAACGGCAAGUGUGUGACUAGCCAGGGACCCGGCACUGCCAUGGCCAUGGGCGUGAAGCUCGUGGAGCUGCUCUGCGGCCACGAUAAGGCCCAAUCCGUCGCCCAGGGGCUUCUCAACACGCCCAUGCCGUGAUAAGUGUUCAGAUGCAGGCUCGUGCUGUACUGUACGUUUGAGCCGAGCCGCACCGCAGUUGCAGCUAAUCAAUGGCUUCAUUGUUGAAC